UAGGAAGGUAGUGAGCAGAGGAGGGAAGGAGGGGUUGGGCUGUCAGUGUUGGGACGCGGCCCGUGCUGUCAGUGUUGGGACGCGGCCCGUCCUGUCAGGUGGAGGGUCAGACUCUGAGGUCAACAUGUUGUUUCCGUGACGAGUCUGCAGCGGACCCCUCUGGGACCAGGUACAGUUGGGACUCACCUGCCCGUCAGCAUGCAGCUGACUUAUGAAAAGUGGCCGGCUCAGCUGAGGCGGAGCUCCAGACUCAGGAAGCUGACGGCUGUUCUGCUUGCCGCAUACGCUGUCAAAAAGCUGUCCCCGUACGUCUGGAGGAGGGUACAGAAAAGUGCAGCAGAUAAAGAGCUGGGUGGAGCUAAUCUGCCUGUGGGCGUAGUCAGCACCUCCUCCAACUCUGUGGACAUCAAUGUAGGGAAGAAGAAGAGAGACAGCAGGUCUCCGUCAGUAAACAGAGACUUUGUCCUCAGACUGUCUCGUCUGUUGAAGCUGUUGUUUCCACGGUUACUGUGUCCAGAGGUCGGCCUGCUGGCUCUGCACUCGCUCACCCUGAUGUCCCGGACCUUCCUGUCUAUCUAUGUUGCUGCUUUGGACGGUGUGAUAGUGAAGUGUAUUGUUCAGAAGGAUCCUCAGGCCUUCGUGCUGCAGCUCUCUAAGUGGCUCCUCGUUGCAGUUCCUGCAACUUUCAUCAACAGUGCCAUCCGAUUCCUGGAAGGUCAGCUGACCCUCAGGUUCAGGAGCCGAUUGGUCGACCACGCCUACCAGCUGUACUUCACCAACCAGACUUACUACCGUGUAAGUAACAUGGACGGUCGUCUGUCCAAUCCUGAUCAGUCUCUUACUGAGGACAUCGUCAUGUUUUCAGCCUCCAUCGCCCAUCUCUACUCCAACCUGACCAAACCAAUCCUGGACGUGGUCGUCACCUGCUAUACCCUGCUGCGCACCGCGCAGGCCAAAGGAGCCAACACCACGUGGCCCUCCAUCAUUGCCGGCUUGGUUGUGGUGCUCACCGCCAAAGUCCUGCGCUCCUGCUCGCCCCGGUUCGGGAAGCUGGUGGCCGAGGAGGCAAGGAGGAAAGGAGACCUUAGAUACAUGCACUCUCGCAUCAUCGCCAACUCUGAGGAGAUCGCUUUCUAUGGAGGACACAAGGUGGAGAUGGCCCAGCUGCAGCGGAGCUACCGGUCCCUGUCCUCUCAGAUCCAUCAGAUCCUGUUGAAGCGUCUCUGGUACAUCAUGCUCGAACAGUUCCUCAUGAAGUACGUGUGGAGCGCCUCUGGCCUGGUGAUGGUUGCCGUGCCGAUCAUCACCGCCACAGGAUACUCCAAAUAUGACUCUGAGGAGGUGAAACAGGCCGCAAGGGUGAUGAAGGAGGAGGAGUUGGUGAGUGAGAGGACGCAGGCCUUCACCACGGCCAGAAACCUCCUCAACGCUGCAGCCGACGCCGUGGAGAGGAUCAUGAGCUCAUACAAGGAGGUAACGGAGCUGGCUGGUUACACUGCUCGGGUCUCUGAGAUGUUGGACGUGUUUGAAGACGUAAAGGAGGGAAUCUACCGCCGCUCUGCAGACAGAGAGGAGGAGGAGGAAUUAACAGGAGGAGGAGGAGGAGGGGGAGCUGUGGUUCAACAUGGUCAGAGAGUGUGUGGUCGUCUAGAGAUGAGAGGUCAUGUGAUCAGUGUGGAGAAGAUGAUUCGCUGUGAGAACCUGCCAAUAAUCACACCGACCGGAGACGUUGUGGUUUCCAGCCUCAAUAUCCAGGUUGAUGAGGGGAUGAAUGUAUUGAUCACGGGUCCAAACGGCUGCGGGAAGAGUUCUCUGUUCAGGAUCCUCAGUGGACUGUGGCCUGUUUAUGGAGGAAUACUGUACCGUCCAGAACCUCAGCACAUGUUCUACAUACCACAGAGGCCCUACAUGUCAGAGGGGACCCUUAGAGACCAGGUGAUCUAUCCAGAUUCUGUGGAGGAGAUGGUUCAGCGAGGAAUCACAGAUUCAGAUCUGGAAGAGAUCCUUCGGACGGUCCACCUGCUCUACAUCCUGGACCGAGAGGGAGGUUGGGAGGCGGUCAGUGACUGGAAAGACGUUCUGUCUGGAGGAGAGAAACAGAGGAUGGGAAUGGCUCGCAUGUUCUACCACUGCCCUCGUUAUGCUCUGUUGGACGAGUGUACAAGUGCCGUCAGCAUCGACGUGGAGGGAAACAUCUUUCAGGCUGCAAAGGAUGCUGGGAUAGCCUUGCUGUCAAUCACACACAGACCCUCCCUGUGGAAGUACCACUCUCACCUGCUGCAGUUUGACGGAGAGGGAGGAUGGAGGUUCGAGCCGCUGGACGCCUCCACUCGUCUGUCUCUGCAGGAGGAGAAACAGCGGCUGGAGAAUCAGCUGUCAGGAAUUCCCAAGAUGCAACAGAGGCUGGCGGAGCUGUGUAUCCUGCUGGGGGAGAGAGAGGAGGAGGAGGAGGAGGAGGAGGAGUGAACCACAGAUGAAGAGGAGUCUGAACUCUCUGCUGCUGUUUUUACUGGUUACCAUGGAGACACGGCAGCUCCAUCAUGACUGAUUUUAAUCUUCACUUUGAUGUUUUUAGGUUUUCGGACAGUUCCACCAGUCACAUGCCCCCGAACCACUGAGGGUUUAUUCUCAGUUAGUUUAGUUUCCUCAGUAACUUUCUGCCUCAGUUUCAGUCUAAAACAAUCUCAACAUGUGUCGCAAUCUUGUAUAAGUCUAGCUGGUUCUAACUGGUUCUAACUGGUUCUUACUGGUUCUAGCUGGUUCUAGCUGGUUCUUACUGGUUCUAGCUGGUUCUAACUGGUUCUUACUGGUUCUAGCUGGUUCUUACUGGUUCUAACCGGUUCUAGCUGGUUCUAACUGGUUCUAGCAGGUUCUAACUGGUUCUAACUGGUUCUAGCUGGUUCUAGCCGGUUCUUACCGGUUCUAGCCGGUUCUUACCGGUUCUAGCUGGUUCUAACUGGUUCUAGCAGGUUCUAACUGGUUCUAGCUGGACCAGUUGUUGUUACCAGUGUGACUGUUAACAAAUGAGUGUUUAAACUGGAGCAGCAGCAUUGAUCUACAGGUAUGAAAUAAUGAAGAAUGAUUUUUUUAAUGAGCAGUUUUUAGUUGUUGUCACUUUUAAUCAUCAGCAUGUUUUUAGUGUCAAACUAAUUAUUAAUUAUUAUAUUAAUAUGUAUUGAUUAUUCAUUAUUAAUUGUCACUAUAUACUCAGGAUGUCAAACCUCAGCUGACCCACCCUCUGUCCAGUCCCUGAACACACCAUGUUAAUCACACUGAUGUAAUUAACUGUCUAUUAAACAGGCUGUUUCCAUGGUUACAGUGCAAACAUUAACACAAAGCAAUGAUGGGAACUGUAGCACCAAAAUAAAAUCAAAGAAUCAAACUCCAACAGCUGACAGAGGUCGGAGGUCAUGUGACAGACUGCAGUUUGUUUUAUAGAAAUAUAAUAAAUCUAUAGUCUAUCAGUUUGUAUUCAUCUGAUCAAUAAAUCAAUAAAUCUGCUGCUGGAAAGUUUUAAUAAAAAAAAUUAUUUUAAUGUCUGAUAUAAAAAGAUGUUUAAUGUUUAUAUCCACUGUGUGAUGUCAGAGGAUGAUGAUGAUGAUGUGUGAUGUCAAAGGAUGAUGAUGAUGAUGAUGAUGAUGUGUGAUGUCAAAGGAUGAUGAUGAUGAUGAUGAUGUGUGAUCGUUGCUGUUGUCAUCGUCAUCAUCUUCCUCAUGUUCAUCAUCAGUCACUACUAUUAGUGUAGUUGUUGCUACUGUUGUUGCUGUGCACCUGUCUGUCUGUCUGUCUGUCUGUCUGUCUCUCUCUCUCUCUCUCUCUCUCUCUCUCACCCCAACUGGUCGAGACAGACGACCACCCACCUAGAGCCGGAGGAUCUGUCCUAGGUUUCUGCCUUUUAACAGGCAGUGUUUCCUUGCCCUUGUCUCCAAGGUCUUGCUCAUGGUGGUACUGUUGGGUCUCUGUAAUUAAUGUUAAAGAGUUCGGUCUAGACCUGCUCUAUUUGAAAAGUGUCCUGAGAUAACUUCUGUUAUGAAUUGGCGCUAUACAAAUAAAAUUGAAUUGAAUUGAAUUGAAUUGAUGUCAGAGGAUAACGAUGAUGAUGAUGAUGAUGUGUGAUGUCAGAGGAUGAUGAUGAUGAUGAUGAUGAUGUGUGAUGUCAGAGGAUGAUGAUGAUGUGAACUUUAUACAGUAGAAAAUAAAAAAGAUCAAAAUGAUAA